GAGGCUGAGUCCGCGACAUUCUUCUCUCCUUGGAUGGCAUCUCAAUUUUCGGUUCGCAAAGUUGCCCAGGCCAGUGGCUUGUUUUUGCUCGCUGCAACCUUGGUAUUUGCUGUGGCUGAUCACCAAGGCCUCCUGACCUUCGGUGCAACCCAUGGGAAAACGACGCUGAGCGACUCCGGUGCGAUCGCAAAAGCUCAUGAAGCCAAAGGUACCAAAGUGAACGCCAGCCACACCCACAAGACCAAGGAGAAGGAAGCAGAGAAAGAGGAAUGUUCCAACGCAGUUCCUGGAGACCCCUGUUACGGAGCUGUCUUGUGGCACAAAUGGAUUGGGCUGAUUGAACAGCCAUAUGCCUACGACGGCAACCUGACCAGGGAAUCGGACCGUCACAACAUCCAAUCUUGGCUCCAUGAAAAGGGGAGGUCGGGGUGCCCCAGGCCGUGCAAGGAAUCGAUUGCAUAUCCCAUCCCAAAGGUUGCACAUCCAGGGGGCCCACAGAUCUACUGCUUCUCAGUUGCGCGCACCGGCCCUGAGAUGGAUUCCAUGUUCAUGCAGCGUCAAACCGGCACUGGAAUCUUCGCAUGCAACGGGUAUGAUGUGUACAGUGACCACGAGAUUGACAUCGAUGGAUACAAGACGAAACUCAUUCCCUCCACUGCCGCCGGAGUCAGUGUCGAUAGGACGGCAGCCAAUUCGCAGGUCUUUAUGAAGACGUGGAUGUAUAUUUUGGGGUCUCAUUGGUGGUACAAAUACGACUUUCUGGCAAAGGUCGACCCUGAUGCCAUUCUCUUCCCUGAACGUUUGAGGGGACAUGUGGCCGCCCAUGUGGGACAGAACGUCUUUUUUCUGAACUGCGCUGUGCAUGCUCCUGCCAUGUACGGAGCUGUGGAGGUUUUUGCCAAGUCCGCAUUGGGAGCAUACCAAGCUGCGCAUGGACGUUGUGAGCAAUCGCUUCCUUUCUGGAGCUGGGGAGAAGACAGGUUCAUGCAAGAAUGCUUGAAAAUGCUUGGAGUUAUUCCGAUUCCUGAUUAUACGGAGAACGUCCGUGACGCCCGUUGCUGGGGUUCAGAUUGUGGCAACAAGGGAGCCGUGGCAUUCCAUCCGUUCAAGGCGGUGAACGGUUGGUACCGCUGCUAUUUGGCCUCUCAAUGAUGCGCUGAGAUGGGCCCAAGAGAUCGCAUAGUCUACUCUGAAACUUGAUUUUUUUUCAGGGUACGGCGGAUAUGGUAGUGCAUCUCCAACUUGAGACGAGCUGAUACUGAGCUAACUGACUCUCAAAGAGCCAAAGCCACUGUGCCAUGUUUGUCACAGUUUUCACUUCAUAUUUUCUCCUGGAAUGCCUUAGGGAAGGCUGCCACGGCCCUGCGUCCGCGUUCAAUAGCUUCAUCUGCUCACUGC